CCGUGUUCGGUUGCAGUCCUCGCUUAACAGCAUACGAGAGAAAAUGAAAUUAUUAAGUAAAUUAAGUCUGUUCGUCCUGGUGGCGAUUGUGAUAGGUCCCAGCACAGGAAUAAAGUUCGACAAGUGUUCGCUUGCUAAAGCUUUGCUGGAUCAGGGUUUCGAAAAGGCAGAGUUAAGAAAUUGGGUCUGCUUGGUGCAAAACGAGAGCGGCAUGGAUACUACUAAGACGAAUAAGAACCGCAACGGAUCUACCGAUUGGGGUCUGUUCCAGAUUAACGAUUGGUACUGGUGCGAUUCGCCAGAUAGUAGCAAAGCAGGCACCAACGACUGUAAGGUGAAGUGCUCAGCUCUUCUAACGGAUGACAUAAAGGCCGCUUCGACGUGUGCCAAGAAGAUUUACAAACGGCAUGGCUACAGAGCAUGGUACGGAUGGUUGAACAAGUGCGAAGGUAAAUCGCUGCCCGAUUUGUCCAAAUGUAAACUGUGAUGUUUGGAGACAAGGAUGAACCGAUUCGUGACAGAGCAUAAUAAAUGUGUCAUAGAGAGAACUCAUGCGAAUAAAUCCAAAUACCACACAUA